AUGGGUUGGGAGCCCGGUAAAGGACUUGGCCUUAACGAGGACGGAGCGCGAGAGAACAUUCAACUUUCUGUCAAGCAAGAUUAUUUGGGCAUUGGUGCCUCGAAACGGACCAUAGAUAACUGGUUGGAUAAUUCUUUUGCAUUUGACGCAUUGUUGAAAGAAUUGAACAGUGGGAGAGGCGACGAUCCCAAUGAUAAGAAAUUAAGCGAGAAAGCUAUAAGUUCGGGAAAUGACACCAAUUCAACUGAAUUCAGAGAUUCCAAAAUCACGCCACCUACACGCCUCGCUCAUCGGGCGAAAUUUUUAAAGAGCAAAAAGGAUUCCGUGAGAGACACUGUGCGUUUGAAUGAAAUUUUUGGAAUAAAGACAAAACCAGAUUCAUUGAGUGCCACAGAUAUAACUAACGAGACGGCUGUUCAAAAUGAUCUUGACGAUAAUUUUGGAGUUCAAACGGUUGUCAACAAAUUGAGCAUCGAGGAGUAUUUCUCAUCGAAAACAAAACUAACAGUGAAAUCCGAAGCCACUCCAUCCGAAGAAAGAUCUACUCUCGAGGCAAAUAAUUUCGAAUUUAGACAAAAUGAAGAGAUAAUGGAGUUUACUGGCCUCGGAUAUAUCUCUGAUUCGACAAAGAAAAAUAAUAAAUCGAUAAGGGCCGGAGUUGAUGACAUUAAUCAGAAUUUCCGCGCAAUCAUCUUGUCGGUUCGGUUUUCCGAGUUGCGGUGA